UGAUCCAAUGCCUUCCCUUGGAGAUGUUGCCCUUAACCUCCUGCAACAAGUAAAGGCAGGCAGAAGAAGCUCCUGGGAGGAAGGGGAGGAGGAGGAAGGCUCAGAGAGGUGGAAAUAACACUGAGAGAGGAGAGAGAGAGAAACCAUCUCUCUUCUGUCUCUGCUUUUCAUUUAGACUCUCCAGCUGCCUCUCUGAGGAAUAUUACACUUUUUUCUUCUGUAAUUAAGUUCCCACUGGAGCCCGACACCAAACCUGAGAACGAGACCAGCAGGAGAAAGUGACGGAGGACAGGGCCAUGGCGUCCUGGUUCAGCUGGAACGAGCCCUACCAGAGGAGCCCCCGCAGGGACCCAGCUGACGUGGUCACCGACACUUUGAUGCUGGAGUUCAGCUGGCAGUUAAAGGAAGCAGAGAGGAUGCAGAGAGAGAGGGAGAACCAGUACCGGCGCCUGAAGACCGGGGUGGAUUACAGCUGGCUGGCCAGCACGCCUCGCUCCUCCUUCAACAUCAGCACCGGAGAAAGACUGGCCCUGGAGGACCUUUGCUCCAAGGUGCCCCCCUCCUGCUGUGGCCUGGUCAUCCUCAAGUUUAGAGAUGUCAUACAGGCCAAUGAGCCCGAGGUCCAAGAGGUGUCUGGUCACUUCAGAGCCGUCCUCCUGGAGGCUCUGGAUCAGCUGAAGGAGGAGCAGGAGGCACAGCGGCUGGCCCGGCAGUGGAACAACAAGCGAGCCAUGAGCAUGAACUUCAGGUCACGGAUCAAGAUCAACCCUUUCGGAAGCACAACUGGUCUCACCACUGCAAUGGCCAAUGGGACGGGGAUGAGCGACCUGAAAACCGUGUCCGAGGACGUGGAGAAGGGGAUGCAGAAGGAGGAGCGGUCCCAGAGGGUGUGGAGCAUGCCCGACUUUAGAUACAAGGGAAGCAGCAGUAGAGUUGUCUAAUGUGGGGCUUUUAAAUGUCAGAUGUGACACUUGGACAUUUAAGUUGGACCAAUAUCCGAUACUUGAUGUCUAAUAUGUUCAAGGCCAACAUAAGAUUUCUACUUUUCUAAAUGUACCCAAUAAGUUUUCAGUACUUGAAGCAGUAAAUAUGUUGCCUGAGAUUUA